AUUCCCUAGAUAUUGGUCACCACCAAUGUGGCUGGUGAAGGAGCUAGCCGCUUCUAACAUCAUUAUAGAGAAGAUACACAAACUUACCAUAUUAUAAUGAUUGAUGAUGAUAUUGGUAUAUAUGCAGAUUGCAAGGGGAAGUGUAAUUACAGGUGUAGCAAGGCAUCUCGACAUAAGAUGUGCAUAAGGGCAUGCAAUACAUGUUGCAGCAGGUGCAACUGCGUGCCUCCAGGUACCUCUGGCAACUACGAGGUGUGCCCUUGCUAUUGGCAUAUGACAACUCACGGUGGUCGUCGCAAGUGUCCUUAGAAAACAUACAAGAUUAACGUUAUUGCUUUGCUUGUGAGGAUGCAUGUGUAUAUAUAUAUAUAUUAUAUACAUAGCAGAUGGCCGAAUAGUACCACCCUGGAGGAGACACACGGAAGAUCGAUGUUAAACAUGAGUUUGAUAUAUAUAUGUAUGUUCUAAAAUAUUUGUGGAGAGGUCAAAGGCAAACAGAAGUUUGUCAUGUUCUUAAUUGGUCAUAUCGGCCUGUAUAUGUUUGUCAAUUUCUGAAAUGCUUUCUAUCUGUCAUCAACUGUUUGUAAUAAGAAAAUUGAGGGAUAUUAUGAUCA